AUGGCUGUUCAAAAUCAAGUGCGGUUAUGUCGAUGCGCCGACGUUCCCCGUCAUCAUUGCAUUUGCAAGUUGGCUCAUAUCAUAAGCUCUGCACACAGAAUACAGCGUAAACUGGACCUGUCAACAAUUAAAACAAUUGGUGUCUAUCAGCGAGUACCUUUAAAUAGUACUGCUACAUCAUUCGGAACAUUCAAACAUGGAAUUGCAAUCGAAAAUGGAUUCAUAACAGUUGUACGUGAACAGUCCGCAUUCGGUCAUUAUCAGAUAAUGAGUCAAGGCAGUCAAAUUGUGCUUGAUGGAUGCGCGUAUGCGUGGAAUGGUAUGGAUGCUGCACCUCUCGAAUCUAGCGAUUAUGCUAAACUGUUGGAUUUUUACGAACGAUCCUGCGUGACUGGGUACUGUACGGUAAUAGCAACUGGAGCAAACGGAUCAACGUUGAGUGAGCGAAUGUCAUAUCGUUACAUCGAUUUAUCGCCAUUCCAUCCAAGGGAUGCAGUUUCACACGAUCAUGUCAACACUCACUUACCACAGGCAUUGAGUGUCAUGAAUCUCUGUGAUGAAAACGCUCGUAAAGAUGCAGUGCAGUUGAUUGAACAACUGGAUAACGCUUACGUUCGCUUUACGUUCUUUUCGACGGAAAACGAGCUACGCACUCGUAUGUUCGCAGUUCAACUUGGAUUAGAGGCCGGAUGGAACUGUCAUGUCUCUCUUGCUUGUGAAGGUAUUUGCAUUUCGAAUCGUGCAAUAUGUCUGUCAUCAGUACCGCUUUUAGGAAGUGAUCAAUGGCAAAUACAACAACAGUUCAAACGUUGUACCGGUCAUGAUAAACUCUCGUAUUUGGAUUUGGCACUUAAUAAACGCCUUUCAAACCAUUAUUCCUAUUUCACUGGAACAUCAAACCUAAUUUCUCGAAGUCAGUCGUUAAUCGAGCUGUCAACCAGUCCAGUAUCAAAUCGGCGUAGCUCUACGAAUAAGGCAAUUGUUCAUGAUGCGGCGCAUCAAUCGAACGUUGGUGAAGAUAUCAUCAAUAAAUCCAUUAUUUCUUCCCUUAAAGAAGAAGUGUCCCUAAGCUCUUCAUCGAACAAUUUAUCACCACAAUUACCGCCAUUAUUGCCCAAUGUUGCUGGGCUUCCAUCUGGCAUCGAAAACAUUAGAUCACAUUUGAAAACUGUUGACAAUGUUCCAUUACUGGUGAAUCUUUUCACGGAUUGUGACUAUAAAACUGAUGCGGAAAUGAUUAAAGUUAUGAAGGAAUACGGUGAAACCGUUUUGGUUGUGGGAUCAGCUUUGAACGCUGACAACACGAAUACAUUCAAUCAGGCUGAUUGCUCGAUUUGUAUUGAACCGCAGUACCCAUCUGUUUGCUGCGAUAAACCGAGUGCACCAUCUGAACUCGUCAGCGAAACUGCGACAAAUGCAUCAACACUGAUGCAUAUUGCCACCAAUAUUCUAUUCGUAGCUAAUCAGGUCAAAGUUGAUAUGCUGUCAAUGAUUACCGAAUCGAGGAGACGAGUUCGUUUGACCCGUUCUGCGAUUUUAUUUUUCCUGCAUUCAUCGAUUGCAGUUGCGAUUACACAGUUAUUCUCGUUACUCAUCUUCAUGCCUCCGCUGUUCAGUGCCUUCCAGGUAGUUUCGAAUUAUAUUAUAAGUCCAAGUGAUCGCGAUGAUCCACUGAGUGGUGAAGACAUUAAUGAUGCUGCUGUUUUUACGAGUGGCGCUGGUCUUACUUCGGAGCAGUUCAUGAAGAAACCCCAGAACGAGCCUAUUCUCACCUACAAAAGAGGUAGUGACGAAAGACUGGCACUAGACAAAGCACUUGAGCAGCUAUCAACCAAAAUCACGGAUGUUCCGUUGAGAAUUGGACGUGAGAAAAUCACGAACAAUUUCGAAAAGAAACAAGUCAUGCCAAGUGAUCAUCAAACAACAAUUGCUAGGUUCACAUAUGCAAGCAAAGAGCAAAUCCAACAUGCAAUCGAAACCUCACUUAUCGCUAGAGAGAGUUGGCGCAUGAAAUCACUCAAAGAUCGUGCAGAUAUUUUACUGCAUGCGGCCGAUUUGGUAUCUGGAAAGUAUCGUAUGCUGUUGAAUGCAGCCACAAUGCUUGGACAGGGUAAAUCGAUCGUUCAAGCCGAGAUCGAUUCAGCAUGUGAACUGGCUGACUUUUUGCGAUUCAAUUCGAUGUUCGCUCUCGAACUGGAACGGUACAAGCCCAUUUCAUCCAACACUGUUACCAAUACAAUGCUGAUGAGAGGACUCGAAGGUUUUGUUGCUGCAAUUGCGCCGUUCAAUUUCACAGCUAUUGGUGGAAAUUUACCAACUGCACCUGCGCUAAUGGUAUUAGAUUCCUUAAUCAUUGAAAGACUUAAAUUACAGGGUAAUGUUAGUUUGUGGAAGCCAUCAGAUACGGCCGUAUUGAGCAAUUAUUUGGUAUAUGAACUAUUGGAAGAGGCUGGUAUGCCGCCUGGUGUGAUUUCAUUCUUACCAUCUGAUGGACCAGUCUUCGGCGAUACGGUCACAGCUAGUCCGCAUUUUUCGGCACUGAAUUUCACCGGCUCUGUACCAACAUUCAAAUAUUUAUGGCGAAAGGUUGCUGAGAAUUUGGAUAAGUAUGUAACGUUCCCGAAAUUGGUUGGAGAAUGUGGUGGUAAGAAUUUUCAUUUUGUGCACCCGUCGGCAGAUGUCGAUUCUGUAGCGAUCGGUACGAUUCGUUCAGCGUUUGAAUAUCAGGGCCAGAAAUGCAGUGCAUGUUCACGUAUCUUCAUUCCGGACUCAUUAUGGGAAUCCUUAAAAGAUAAACUCAUCGAAAUUCAGAAACAAAUUAAAGUGCGCGAUGGAUCGAUAUUUAUGUCAGCAGUUAUUGAUGCGAAAGCAUUUAAACGUAUCACUUCUUAUAUCGAUCAUGCAAAGAAGGGUAAUGAUGGAGCACAGAUCAUAUUCGGUGGUGAUUAUGAUAGUUCGAAAGGUUAUUUCAUUCAGCCAACCAUGAUUAAAGUUAAUGACUGGAAUUCAAAAUUACUUACCGAGGAGAUAUUCGGACCAGUUUUAACAGCAUAUGUUUAUCCAGAUAGUGAUGCGAUGAAUGUUGUUAAAAAAGUGAAAGAUGCCACUCCAUACGGUCUUACUGGUGCCGUUUUCGCUGAAGAUAGGGAAUUCCUGUAUAAGGCACGUGACGUGUUGCGUGAUGCAGUUGGUAAUAUGUACUUGAAUGAUAAGUCGACUGGCUCUGUUGUUGGUCAGCAGCCAUUCGGUGGUGCUAGAAUGAGUGGAACAAAUGAUAAAGCUGGUGGUCCACAUUAUGCACUUCGAUGGUCAUCGCCAUUGGUGAUUAAAGAAACGAGGGAACCGCUAAGCGAAUGGAGAUACCCGUCGAUGGAUUAA